AGUGAUAGGGAAGAGGGCGAGGGAGCGGCUGCGCGCUUACGGGCAGCGGCAUUGUCAUCGGCAACGCCCGACAUAGGGCCCGACAUAACUUGAUUCUUACCAUCAUGAGCGCGGCCGUUGCACGCUCACCGCCGCCGUCUACGACAGCGGCAAACUUCUCCUCCAUGCCGGGAGCACGCAGUGCAUCCUCAGCGCUCCAAGCAGCACGCUCCGCUUCGCCUCCUCCAUCGCACUCCAACCGGAGCUCAGCUUUCUCCUCCUCCGCGGCCAGCUUCCAGACAGCCGCCGACACCAGGUCGAGCAGCGCGAAUACCCCCAGAGACGAAUCACCCAACACCAGCCCAAACACCGACACCACCGACGUCAACCCCCUCCACACAAUGGCGCAACAGCAGCAACAAGUCCACAUCCUCAAGGUCAAGGGCGACGUCGUUCAGCUCGGCACCUCGCCUCCGGACUCGCUACUGCAGACCGUCGGAGACCGGCUGAAGCUCACGUCGCGCUCGAACACGCCGCCUAGCGGAGAGGAAGCGCCGAAGAAGAUGCCAUUGACGGAAAAGGCCUCGCGCGUCGCGACUACUAUCGGCAACGCCACGACGAAGCCCAUACUCGAAAAGUCCAUCUCCCGCAAGCCCGGCGGCUCCAGCGAGCCACAGCCAGCGGCGGAGGAGAACGGCGUGAUAAACGACGAGCCGAUGACCAUAGGCGCGGACGGUCAUCGCCGCAGUACUUCCGGCUCAUCCGCCGCGACGUUCAAGCCCGCACAGCAGCCCUCAUCCCCUCCCACCGCCUUCUCUACCCUGCAGCGCGCCAGUACAUCUGCCGAUGCUCGCCCAAACCCUACCAAAGCUCGUCCGCAUUCGGUCCAGGAAACUGCUUCGCAAUCGACCUCUGCCAUCUCAAAGCAGAAGCCCCAGGUAGCACCGACGGGCUCCUUACUCGCUCCCCCAACGGCGCAUUCGCGACGGCCCGCGAGACGAAACACCACGGGCUCGGCACAGCGCCCGCGUUUCCCCCCGCAGGCGCAGACAACGACGCAGAUCACCGCCGACAACGACCUCGCUGAUGACAUCCAGCUUCACGCAGAGCAGAUACGGCGAGAGCGGAUGAACAAGCGUGCGAAGCAGUCAGCCCAGCCUGACGAGAAGUUCUUGCUCAAAGAGCGCGACUUCAGCAUCCCGCUGGCGAAGGGCAAGGAGAAGGAGCAGGACACUGGUGAUGGAGAGGGCCCGCUCGUUGGCAACCUCAUCGGCGAGGACCACGUCAACUACGUGCUCAUGUACAACAUGCUGACUGGCAUUCGCAUUGGUGUGCGUGGCGCGCCCCUUAUCCUCGUGCUCAAUGCUCAUGCUACCGAUAGGUUUCCCGCUGUCAAGCCAAGAUGAAGCGCCCGCUGACCGACGAGGACUUCGCUGCUCAGCACAAGUACUCGUUCGACAUGUACGUAU